UACUUUUUUCCUUAAUAUACAAAGCUCAGCAUGAAUUAGUAGCAUACGGGAAAAAAUCUAUUCGGCUUCGAUCCUCGUGUGCUUUUCAGUACUGAUAAGGAGUUUGUGUAGUUGCAGCGGUAAGACUGAAGAAUCAGCAGCUGUGAUCUUAUGAAGAGGCAUCGAAAUCCAUUGAAGCCGUUAGAUUAUCAUGGCUUAGGCAUCGCUAACCUGUUGCCAUCUUGUUCUUUCAAGCGAUUCAUGAUGGGCGUGAGUCUCCCUCCGCAUGCAUUCUCUCGGAUGGGUUGAUUCUUAUUCUGAAGACUCUUACAGGCAAGAGAAGGGGGGAAGUAGGCCUAUGAGAUAUGCUUUGAUGAUGCCACAGCUUGGCAUCGAACCUAUUGGUGCAAUGCAUUUCAACUUGGGGGCACCUUUCACUAAUGAAUUCGAGGAUAUUGAAUAUUGCGGCCUCAAUCUACUAUUAGCAAGCUCACUAACUACAAUACAGUGCAAGACGUGUGGAUUUCUAUGCGUGUAUAUCAUGUCGAGCUAAGGUGUGAUAAUGGAUGCAAAUUCUGCUAAAGGUCUUUAUUAACGUUUUUAAUCUUUAAGAUCUUUACUGCAUUGAUAUCAGGAGGAAAAAUGGUAAAUUCAUCAGGAAUUUGGUCUUGUUUUGCACAAGUGCCGUUAUUUUAGAGGUCUUGUCGGUGACUAUGGAUACGUGUUCCCGCAUUCUUACCUUUGUUUGGGCUUCCGUGCGACUAUUUUCAUUUUUGUGUGUACCAUCUUCUCUUUGGUCAUGCAUUUCGUCCUGGUACAUGCAUUAUUAAUUUUAGGAAUGCAACAAACAUUCUGAAGAACAUCAUCAUUACCAUUAUCGUUAUCCGUUGAUGUGGCUUUAGUAUGU